GAUUUUCACAAAGAUCAAAUCAUUUGUCAGCGAGAUGAGAUCGCUCGCUGUCGCGCUACUAGUAGUCGGUACCUGUUACGCGGCCCGACUGGAGAACACUUACCUUCCUCCGGGUAAUGCGGGUACCGCGGGAGGUGCAGGCUUGAUUCAAGCACCAAAUCGAGGAGGUCCUGGUGGUCCUGGAGGUCCCGGAGGACCCGGUAGACCAGGAGGGCCAGGUGGUCCAGGCAGUUAUGGCGGCAGUGGCGGAGGGGGUGGCGCGUUCGGCGGCGGCGGCGGCGGAAGUGGCGCAUACGGAGGUGGUGGCGGCGGUGGAUUUGGAGGACCCGGUGGUGGCGGAGGUGGACCAAGAGGAGGUCCCGGAGGUGGCCAGGAGAUACCCAUCGUCUCGUUCAACAAUCAGAACAGCGGGGACGGCAACUACCAGUUCAGCUACGAAACAGGAAAUGGUAUCAGUGCGCAGGAAACGGGUCAGCAGCAAGGUAACGCGGAAGCGGUUAGCGGAUCAUACUCGUACACGGGACCCGAUGGCGUGCAAUACAGCGUCACUUACACGGCUGACGAACAAGGUUUCCAUCCCCAAGGUGCUCAUCUUCCAACACCGCCACCAAUUCCGCCUGAGAUUCAACGGGGAGUCGAGUUAGCGCUCGCUGCUGAAGCCAGAGGAGAGAAUCAGGAUACUUCCGGUGGCGGUGGAGGCGGUGGAAAUGGCGGGGGUGGAUAUUCCGGAGGAGGCGGAGGCGGCGGAAGUGGUGGUGGCGGCGGCGGAGGUGGAGGCGGCCGAGGUGGAGGUGGAGGUGGUGGCGGCUAUCAAGGUCCAAAUUCAUACCAAACAAGCUCGGGCGGAUACCGUUAUUAG